AUGAGUCCUAUUACUCCUUCAGCGCUCACCAGUUGGCGUCAACUGGCAACUGCGAUUUCUGGACACUCAUUGAUUAGCCAAAUUACAACGAUAACAUUCGUCAAAGAGAAAAGAGGACAUUCGUCAGAGAAAACAGAACAUUCGUCAGAGAGAAAAGAGAACAUUCGUCAAAGAGAAAAGAGGACAUUCGUCAGAGAGAAAAGAGAACAUUCGUCAAAGAGAAAAGAGGACAUUCGUCAGAGAGAAAAGAGAACAUUCGUCAAAGAGAAAAGAGAACAUUCGUCAAAGAGAAAAGAGAACAUUCGUCAAAGAGAAAAGAGAACAUUCGUCAAAGAGAAAAGAGAACAUUCGUCAAAGAGAAAAGAGAACAUUCGUCAAAGAGAAAAGAGAACAUUCGUCAAAGAGAAAAGAGAACAUUCGUCAAAGAGAAAAGAGAACAUUCGUCAAAGAGAAAAGAGAACAUUCGUCAAAGAGAAAAGAGAACAUUCGUCAAAGAGAAAAGAGAACAUUCGUCAAAGAGAAAAGAGAACAUUCGUCAAAGAGAAAAGAGAACAUUCGUCAAAGAGAAAAGAGAACAUUCGUCAAAGAGAAAAGAGAACAUUCGUCAAAGAGAAAAGAGAACAUUCGUCAAAGAGAAAAGAGAACAUUCGUCAAAGAGAAAAGAGAACAUUCGUCAAAGAGAAAAGAGAACAUUCGUCAGAGAGAAAAGAGAACGUUCGUCAAAGAGAAAAGAGAACAUUCGUCAGAGAGAAAAGAGAACAUUCGUCAAAGAGAAAAGAGAACAUUCGUCAAAGAGAAAACAGAAGAAAGAAUGUUCAUCCUAAGAGUAGUAGUUGA